ACCAACACCUUCCACCAGAGCCGUACGCAAAGAGUAGACGGUCAUGUGCAAGCAUAUCCUCAACGCCCAGGUCACAGUGCGUGCACCAUGCUGCCAACGCUUCUUCGACUGUCCACAAUGCCACGCCGAGUCAUCUGAUCACCCCCUACGCAAGACUACAGAGAUGGCAUUUGUGUGUAAAGCAUGCAAGCGCGCUUUCCGCAAGGACCUCAGCGUGUUUGAAGAGUCAGACGAGUAUUGUCCUUGGUGCGAUAAUUGCUACGUCAUCUCCGCAAAGACCUCACAGCGUCGUCCGCCUCCACCACCAGAAGCAACCGAGCAAGACACCGAGUCCGGCGCUACCUCUUCUUCCCUCUCCCACCCCAACCCACUCGACGCCCGUCACGAUUCCUCCCUGUACGAAGCCCUCGACCCACGAAUCCGGUACGAUCCACGCCAUGACUUCCACACUACGGAUACGCGUGCCACAGAGGAUGGAGAGAGGGUGGAUGUAGGUGGAUUGAGGGGAGUGAUGGAGGGAAAGGCACUUAGGGAGAGGGAGGCACAGAGGAGGAUGGAGGAGUUGAUGCAGAUGGCUGGCACUGGUGCUGGUGGUGGGGCAGGGGAUGCGGCGGGUGGAUUUCAACAUAUUGAUGAUGAGUUGGAUUGGAGUUGAGAGGAGAGGAGAGGAGAGAGAGCACCCAUUUCAGACGUCGCGUUGCCUAAUGUAACAUACCCCACCGAGCCACGCCAGUAGCUGCAAACAAUCAGAC